GCAGAGGGAAGUUAGCAACACCGCGCUAGUCCGAGUUUAACGGAGUUUAUCUGGAGGAAACGUGUCUGAUUCAGUGAAGAUGUCUAAAGCCCAAAUGCUGAGAUGUUUAGUGAAGCAGCGACUCACUGAGGCUGCUGAAGAGAUAUUUGGGCUGUUUGAAAGAACGAUAGCAGAGUACGAGGAGGAAGCUUCUAGAUUAAAAGAGGACAACGAGCGACUGAAGAAACAUCUGCACGCUGUUUUUAACCCUGAAGUCCGCAUCCAAAGAGCAGACCUACAGCAGCUGUUUGUGCUUAAAGAAGAGCAGCAGAAGGACCCCGAGUCCCCCCACAUUAAAGAAGAACAGCUUCAAGAGCCGGAGGAGGCUGACAUAAAGGUCUCUUUAACUCCUGUAAAGACUGAAGAUGAUGAUGUUCAGUCCUCACAGCUUAAUCCGAGACAAACUGAACAGAUGGAGACAGAAGUUGAUGGAGGGGACUGUGGAGGACCAGAACCUGAGAGCAAGUCAGGUCCUUCAGGACCAGAUACUGAUGAGAAGACUGAAGACUCUUCUGAGACUGAGCGUCAAAAGCAUCACCUGGUGGACAUGUCGGAUGAGGAAUACAUACCAGACUCGGAAACACAAGAUAACGAUGAUGACGAUGAUGAUUAUGAUCCAGAUGCAACCAUCCCCAAUACAGCUCGUCGGUUGAAAGCCGGACGGAUUCAAGUACAAGCAGUACUGCCUGAUGUUGGAACAUCUCAAGGGUCAAACAAAAGUAUCCCAGUUGUGCAGAGUUCAUCAAAAGGCUGCCCAUCUCUUGCGGAUCACAUGGUUUCCGAUGCUGCUGAAACAUUGAAUUCUCGCAAAGACUCAAUAAAGCAAAAGGGUGAAGUUGAGCUUAAACCACAAGUAACUCACCUGACCAUGACCAAAAAAAAUUACUGCUAUGUUUGUGGUAAACCACAAAGCAAAAUUUCCCGCCAUUUGACAACGCACAGGAUGGAUGCUGAAAUUGUAAAAGCAUUUUCCCUCCCGAAGCACUCAAAGGAGCGCAAGAGAUUAGUAGAAAAGAUGAGGAAUAAGGGAAAUCUUAGACACAACACUGCAGUCUUACAAGCUGGAACAGGGCCACUGAAAGUGAAAAGGAAACCAAAGGGUAAAGCACUAGCUGGAAAGUUUCUUGACUGUAUGUACUGUCAAGGCAUGUACAUUCAUAAGGAGCUUUGGAGACAUGCCCGCAGAUGCCCCUUUAAGCCCGAAAACACUGAACUGAACAGAGAACCCGGAAGAACAACGGUACCGGCUUUGGCUGAAGCUUGAGAAGUUGUGUCAGCGGAUCUCAAGUGGAGUGUGGGAGAUCCUUCAGCCUAGCGUGUGCUUCUGCUUCUGCAGGAGGCUGUUAAACCUGCUAACUUCAAAACGUUGGUUCUCACAGACCAACCAGCCAAGCUGCUUGUUCUUCCCUCUCACUCGUCUUGUUCCGUGUGUCCUCAGCUGGAGAUGAUUAAAAAAAAAUGGCAUGUUAAAUGGAAGCCAGGUUGUAGGGGCACUCGCUGAUUCUCUCUGCAUAGAUGGAUCUGUAGAUGUUUUGAUAAAUCUAUCUAUGUACACAUUCUGUCUCACUAUGGAGGGGGAAAACUUGCAUGCCUCCAAUUUGGUCAUCUGUUAAGAUUAUUUUUUAUAUUAAAGUGAUGGUUCCACAAAUGAUGUGUCCUGUCAGGUUAGUGUGUAUUUAUGCCAAUGUGGAUGUUGGGAUCAUGGUCCCUUUAAAGACCCAACUGUUUUUUUUAA